CUGUGGCAGUGCUGGGCAUGGGGCUGGAGGUGUGAGGAGUCGCGCUGAGACUCAGGCAGGCGAGCCGGGGAGAGGCGCGGGACCCGCGGGCGAGGCUGAGCGCUGACCCGGGGACACGGAGCUGCUUCUGGCGCUGAGUGGAGCUUCUGCGCGCUGCUUUAGGGAUUACUGAGCUCCGACUCAGCGGAUGUGACCCCGAAACUGCCCACGAGCUUCCCGAAGCCCCGCAGCCGAAGAGCGUCCUGCACCUGCCCGCAGCCAGCCCGAUGGAGGUGCCGGUACCGGUGCUGGUUCUGACCGCGGUGUGGUGGGUCUCCGUGUGGGCGGACGACAGGCUGAUCACGGACAGACACUCCGUUUACUGGAACAGCUCCAACUCCAGGUUCUGGCAUGGGGAAUACACGGUGGCGGUGAACAUUAACGAUUACCUGGACGUGUACUGCCCGUACUACGAGAGUCCGCAGCCCCACAGCCGCAUGGAGCGCUACAUCCUCUUCAUGGUGAACCAUGACGGAUACCUGACCUGCGAGCACAGGAUGAGGGGCUUCAAACGCUGGGAGUGUAACCGGCCGCAGAGUCCGGACGGACCGCUCCGAUUCUCCGAGAAAUUCCAGCUCUUCACUCCCUUCUCCCUGGGCUUCGAGUUCCGCCCCGGACACGAGUACUACUAUAUCUCCUCCCCUCACCCGAACCACGCCGGGAAGCCGUGUCUGAAGCUGAAGGUGUACGUGAAGCCUGCAAAUGGUUCAGGCUACGAGUCUCCAGAGCCCUUUCUGACGGAUACGAGCCCCCGCGUCCCCCGAGCGCCUCCCAGGCUGCCGCUGCUGGUGUCCACAGUGGCUCUGCUGCUGCUGCUAAUCCACCUGUAGGAUCUACGGCUUCGACCCGUCAGACCUCCAGCCACCACCUCCCUCCACACAACCCUCAGGGAAGCCCUCAGGGCAGCAGGAGGCCCACUGGCGAAAUAAGCCAACCAGCAAACAUUGGGUCACUGGUUUGGAUCUCUCGGAACCGGCUGGACAGUCCUGGUUCUGUGGUCGCUAACACCGGGACCCCAGUAUGACUAGCCCGCCACUGUGCCCUUGGGCAAGGCACGUAACCUCCACUGUCCCGGGGGGGCACUGUUCUGCUUGGAGAUUUUUGUUAGCUAGCAACUUCAACGGUAAAAUGGACCAGUAGAGUGCAACUGACCUCGGAGUUCACAAGCUAACGCCAGGCAGGCUAAAGAAAGAGUGCAAAAUAUACCAGCUAAGGCUAGCAGAACUAUUCCACACAUUGUAAUGAUAGCAUACGUUCACAAAGACUUACCAGUCUAAUGCUAGUAGAACCAGCACAUGGUUUACACAUACUACCAGAGCUACCAGAGCGGUGCCACACGCACAUGCUAGUGCUAGCAGAACUAUGUCACACAAGCCAUACAAACAGUGCUAUAGCACAUUAACAGGCUUAGAUUGUGCUAGCAUGAUGCUAGGACAUCACCACACAUAUUUACGGUAGCACGCAGGUAGCUAACAGUCUGUCAACGAUAUGGAAUCAAGAUUGGUGCUAUUAUAUUAUACUAUCAUACCGGCUACACAGGUUGAGGCUAUCAGACAGACCUGUGCUGCAUAGGUCAAUGCGAGCACACAGGCUACCCAGGCUGCACAUGCUAAUGCUAUCAGAUCAUUGUCCCAUAGACUAAUGCUAGCAGUGACAUGGCAUGGAGGCCAGUGCUAUCAUACCAUCAUACAAGGCUACACAGGCUAAGCCUACCAGACCUGUG